GUCUUAUUCUAGGUGAUUUUAAUGCACCUCAUAUAGACUGGGUAGCUGUCACAUCUCCAGGAUCCGCUGAUAAGUUUGACAGCCGGUUACUCUUGACAACCAUGGAAAAUGCCCUGACACAACAUGUCUUAGGUAGUACAAGAUUCGGUUCUACCCAAGGAUCUUCCUUGCUGGACUUAGUGCUUACUCAUGACAACGACGACGUGGAUGGUCUAGUUAUUCAUCCACCUCUAGCAAACAGUGAUCAUGGGGUGUUAGAUUUUAACUUAAGGGCUGGCAAUUUAGUCAGUUUUCAACCCAAAUCCCGGCCUAGUGUUUGGCAUGCUGACAUAGUGGCUAUAAAGGAGCGUGCUUCAACUGCCGACUGGUCAGUCAACAUUGUCUCAUCCAUUGAAGAUGAAUGGGAUAGAUUUAAGAAUACACUUGAGAGGGUUACCACUGAUCUCAUCCCCUGGAGGGUUCCUAAAAGGCCAACAAAUCGGCCACCAUGGAUAAAUAGACAAGCUAUAACACUCCUGAGACGGAGAAAAAGGUUCUGGAAUCUCUUUGUUUCUACUGGGCUACAGCAGUUCCGGCUGAAAUACUGUGAAACCAGAAACCAGUGUAAAACUUUGAUCCACCAGUCAAGGAUAGCUUACGAAACCCAGUUAGUUAAAAGUUCACCAGGCUGCCCAAAAAGACUCUUCUCAUAUAUCAAGAGAAGAACACGUAAGAGUGAUGCUAUCCCACCUCUUAUGCUUGAAGAUGACCAGACAAACAUGGCUGAGGAUAACUUGACUAAGGCUGAGGCUUUGUCCAAGCACUUUAGUCAAGUAUUCUCUGAUAAUAUUGAUACCAGCUUUGUAAAUUUUCCAGAAGGUAACUUGAAAAUGGCACCCUUAUACAUUGGAAAGGAUACUGUCCUAAAGUGGCUUCUAAGGCUCAAUCCUGGUAAGUCCAGUGGCCCUGAUGAACUCCACCCACGUAUAUUAACAGCAUUGGCUGAAAGCAUAGCCGAGCCAUUGUCGGUAAUCUUCAAUAUGUCUCUGGACCAGUCUAAAUGUCCAAGAGACUGGAAAGAUGCCAUCAUUAGUCCGGUCUUCAAAACCGGAUCUAGAAACUUAGUUCAGAACUAUCGUCCUGUUAGUUUGACCAGUAUUGUUGUUAAACUACUAGAAAGAAUAAUUCGUGAUGCUAUCAUUCAGUUCAUUGAAGGGAACAAACUUUUCGCUGUGGAACAGCACGGUUUUAGAGCAGGUCAUUCUUGCUUGACCAACCUUCUUUUGGCCAGAGAAAGUUGGGCAAGCUCAGCUGAUGCUAAUAUACCGGUGGAUGCCAUAUUCAUAGACCUUAGCAAGGCGUUUGACAGGGUUUCUCAUUCAGGUCUUCUAGUAAAGUUAGGUAGUCUGGGAAUCAAUAAAGUGGUUACCGACUGGAUUCAAGACUUUCUAAAGGACAGAAGACAAAGAGUACGAGUUAACGGGGUUUUAUCAACAUGGGAAUCGGUUAAGAGUGGCGUUCCUCAGGGUACAAUUCUAGGCCCACUUCUUUUCCUGAUUUAUGUUAAUGAGAUUCCAUCGGUAGUUAAGUCAUCCUGCUUACUGUUUGCUGAUGACAUCAAGAUAUGGAGGGCUUUGCACGAUGACAGUGAUCAACUUGCUUUGCAGGAAGAUUUAAACUUGUUAAGUGAUUGGUGUAAGCACUGGGCCUUGGAGAUUAACUUAAGCAAGAGUGUAGUUAUGCAUGUAUCCCAUAGUCACGUGCACAAUUACUCAAUGAAUGGCAUUACUCUCCCAGUGGUCACUGAGUACAAGGACUUGGGAGUGGUUGUGCAGCAUGACUUGAAAACAGCAACAAACUGUAGAACUGCAGCCACUAAGGGUUUUCGAAUGUUAUGGGCCAUACGCAAGGCUUUUGCGAACUUUGACGCUGAUAUAUUUCGUAUAUUAUAUCCGACUUAUAUCAGACCUCAUUUGGAAUAUGGGAUCCAGGCAGCGAGCCCGUGUUUCAAAUACGAAAUAGACUUAUUAGAAAGGGUGCAAAGAGUAGGAACUAAGCUAAUAAAGGGUUUCUCAACCCUGUCAUAUGAGGAGAGGUUAAGUCGACUGGGUUUAUUUCCACUGUCAUACAGACGACUUAGGGGUGACCUAAUACUAGCAUACCGUAUCCUAAGAAAUGAUUUUGGAGCUAAUUUAUCUAAAUUAUUUCUUCCUUCUAGCACCAACCAAUUGCGAGGACAUCACCUCAAGGUUCAAAAACCACGGUCGAAUCGUCUGCGUCUGGAAAUCCGUUUUUCGCAUCGAAUUGUGAACCAUUGGAACUCCCUACCGGAACACGUCGUAUCAGCGCCAUCCGUUGAUUCAUUCAAGGCGAGAUUGGACCUCCUGUAUGCAAUAAAUCGAAAGGAUUAACACAGGCAUAUAGCCUACUAUCCUAAAUAAAUUGUAAACUGUAAACUGUAA